AUGCCACGUGUGUCCCUCGGCGACGGCAACAUGCUUCCUGCGGUAGGCCUCGGCCUUUAUUAUACGCCGCCCGGCGCCGUGGCUCAGGAGAUCGUGCGUGAGGCGCUCCGGCUGGGCUACCGCCACCUCGACACGGCCGGCUUCUACGAGAAUGAGGCGGACGUUGGGCGCGCCGUGCGCGAGUCGGGCAUACCUCGCGAGCAGAUCCACAUCACCUCAAAGGUGUGGCCCGAGGCGGAGGGCCGCUGGGUCGAGGACGGGUUCGCGGCCGUGCUCGACGCAGUCAACGCGAGCGUUGCCGCGCUGGGCACGCGCGCCGACCUCUACCUGAUUCACUGGCCGGUCAACCCGGAUCAGCGGAUCGAGUACUGGCUCGCACUCGAGGAGGCGCAGCGGCUCGGACUCGCGCGGAGCAUCGGGGUGAGCAACUUUGGCGUCGCCCACCUGCAGCAGCUGAUCGAUUCGCCGCGCACGAGCGUGGUUGAGCUGCACCCCUUUUUGCGAAAGGACGAGAUCGAGGCCUUCUGCGCGGCGCGUGGCAUCCGCCUGAUCGCCUACUCCCCGCUCGCGCGCGCGCUCCGCCUCGACCACCCCUCGCUGGAGGCGGCGGCCGCGCGGCACGGCGUCUCUACUGCGCAGGCGCUCGUUCUGGUGCGCUGGUCCGUGCAGCACGGGUACGUGCCGCUCCCAAAGUCGGUCAGAUCCGAGCGGGUGGCGCAGAAUGUGGACGUCUUCGGCUUCGAGCUCUCGGCGCAGGAGAUGGCGGCGCUCGACGCGCUCGACGAGCGGCUCUUCACCGAGUGGGAGGAGUGGGGGCAGCUCGACCCGACGGCGUUGCCAUGAGGAGGGCGGCGAGCGAAUUUCCUCAACCGACAACCCCUCAUGUAACGUGUAACGUAAAGAGCCGACCCGUGUACGGACUCCACUCUAGUGUACGAACCUCACUCGUGAUCAGUCCCGCUAUGGAUAUGCCCAACCCACAAAAUGAAUACGCACCGCAUUA